AUGACACGAUUCGAUCCUCACCAUGGGUCGCUCGACUUGCUCAAGUUGAAUGACACUGUUAUCGUUCUCAGCGGCGGAGCAACCGGAAUAGGAGCAGCCACAGUUCGACAGUUCUAUUCGCAUGGAGCAAGAGUCGUUUUUGGCGACGUGAAUACCGAAGCUGCAGAGGCCGUUGUCUCGUCAACCUCGUCCGAAAGAGUGCACUUCUUCAAAACGGACGUUCGAUCGUACCAGCAGGUACGGGCUCUUUUUCAAUUUGCCCUUGACCGAUAUGGACAUGUCGACCACGCCAUCGCAAAUGCCGGCAUCUUGGAGAAGAAGGGAUGGUUCGAUCCUGAAUUGCAGGACAUGAGGGAGGCACCAACCACCAUGACUCUAGAUAUCAAUCUGACGGGUGUGCUUUACUUUGCCCAUCUGGCGUGCUUCUAUACCGCACAGCGCAAAAAUAAUGGAGUGCUUGCUGACCGAAGUCUAACUUUGCUUAGCAGCCAUGGAGGUUUUAAGGAAACUCCGGGCAUGUUUGUGUACGGCGUUACCAAACACGGCGUUAUGGGUUUGUUGAGGUCGCUCCGCCCCCAUGUCCUUGCGAAUUUUCCGGGACUCCGGGUGAAUGCUGUUUGCCCAAGCAUGACCGAGACAGGCAUGGUCGAUGGAAUUAAAGAUGGAUGGGUCAAGAAUGGUCUGCCUGUUAAUCGUCCGGAAGACAUUGCAACGGCCAUGGUUGGCAUUGCGGCGGCCGGGCCAGGCACCGAAGCUAUAUGGCAUGAUGAAAAAGAGUCUCCAAACCUGCGUACGCGGAAAAGCGUUGGAUCAAUGGACUGGGACAACAAAGACCAAGGGCUACAUGGGAGAGCGAUAUUUGUGUUAGGAGGUCAGUGCUACGAUAUUGAGGAAGGCCUGGAGAGGACUGAACAAAUUUGGCUGGGCAAAAGUGUCAGCGAAAAGGUUAAAUUAGCCCAGGAAGCGCUAGGACUAGGUGGCAAAUGGACUGGAAAAUGA